CGCCAUGGCCUAAGCACUCCUCCUGGACAAAGGCGUGUUCACGCUUAGUUCUCAAGAGCAAUAGUUGAGGGCAUGUGCGGAAGGUUCUGCCAAGGCAGCAGGGGGUGAGGCGGCACCAUUACGCGGAAGUGGCAGCAGCAUCAACAGAGGCGGAAGCGCGCCGCCAGGCGGCGGUGGGGAGGGGGGCGCGCCCUCAAGGCAGAAGGGGCGCUGAGCCACAUUAGGCUGCUGAGGUGGGACAGGCGCUGGGCGCCUUAAGCGGAGCAUCCUGGGCCGGGCAGGAUGGAUCUUCACUCUUCCGUGACCGGCUACUAUCAAGUGCUUCGCAAUGAGGAAAAUCAUACGGAAUCCCCGGCCGUGGAGCAGCCUUCCACGUCCAUGCAGAUUACACUCCUGACAGCACCCCAGAGGACUACUUCGCCGCCUGCCCCUGCACUGACAUUCCCAGAUUUGGGCGCCUCCCCUCUACCCUAUGGCCGGGGCCCCCUGGAGGCCUCGACCACCUCUGAAACCGAAUGUCCCUGUGAGCUCUACCCAGUGCCACCACCCUAUAGUGUCGCCACAUCCCUUCCCACAUACGAUGAGGCUGAGAGGGCCAAAGCAGCGGCCUUGGCUGCCAGUGCCGCCCCCUCUGGAGAGCCCACCCAGAGAGAAAACGACUUCCCUUCCAGGGAGGACUCAACCUCCAAUGACUCUGAGCAGCUACGAGUGGGCAAUGAUGGCGUCUUCAUGGUGGCCUUCUUCAUGGCCUUCAUCUUCAACUGGAUUGGAUUUUGCUUAUCCUUCUGUACAACCAACUCCAUAGCCGGGAGAUAUGGUGCCCUCUGUGGAUUUGGCCUUUCCUUGACCAAGUGGAUCCUCAUCGUCAGGUUUUCAGAUUACUUUACAGGAUACUUCAAUGGACAGUACUGGCUUUGGUGGAUAUUUCUUUUAAUUGGCCUCUUGCUUUUCUUCAGAGGAUUUUACAGUUACCUGAAAGUCAGGAACAUUUCAGAAAGACUGGAUACUACCCAUAGAACAAGAUACAUCUUCUCAAGUUAAGAGAUGCACUGGCCAGCCAUUCCUUUCCUCUACCAUUGAAAUCUCCCUAUGAUCUGUAAUUCUCCAACUUAACGGGAUGGAAGACUACUAAUAAUAGAAAACUGAAAAAAUAGAGGCUUCAAAAUAAAUGACAGGGUGGUUUAUGCUUAAAA